GUCCAACUGACUCUCCUCUACAGCUGACGUCAUCAGCGAAUCAACGAAUCCACUGCGCUAGUCCCAAAACGGACCCCUACUCUAUCGAAUCCCUCAAAUACUUCAAUCUUGCAAUCCAUCAUUGACCGGAAAUAUCAAAAUCAAAAUGAGUGACCAAGACGUCAAAGAUGCCGUCGCAAAGGAGCUGUCCGACAGCCCGUACCCCUGCUCAACCCUGACCCAGCUGAGCGGUGGAACAGCCAACUUCGUCUACCGCGGGGUCCUCUCUGAACCCCUACAGGAUGGCAAGACGACGGUGAUAGUCAAGCAUACGGAGGAUUAUGUUGCCUCGAAUCGGGACUUUAAGUUGAGUGCGCAGCGCUGUCUCGUCGAAGAAUCGGCCCUGCGCGGCCUAAACGCCUUCCACAGCGUAACGACAACAAACUCGAGCACCGGGGGCCAGAAGUUCCAAAUCACCGUGAAAACACCAGGACUCCUGCACUUCAACCCUGCAACCAACACGCAGGUAAUGGAAGAUCUCCCCAGCGCACUGGACCUAAAGACAUUCCUCCUCUCGCCGUCCGUCUCGUCGGCAAUCUCGCGCGAGUGGGCGACAUCCAUUGGCCGGACGCUGGGGAUCUGGUUGCGCUCGUUCCAUACGUGGAUCGAUGACCCGGCGCAGGCGGAGGUUGCGAGCGGGUUCGAGAAAAAUGAGACCAUGAAAAAGCUCAAGUUCUCGAUUAACUAUGAUAGUCUGCUGAAUAUGGUGGGUGCGCAUCCGGAUUUGCUGGAUGAGAGUCGGGGGGUGUUUGAGCGGGUGCGGGAGCGGGCUGCGGCUGAGCUUGAGGAGGGGGUUGGCGGGCCUAUUGGGGCGAUUCAUGGGGACUUUUGGUCGGGGAACGUCCUGAUCCCCAAAACUGCUCUCGACCAACCACUCCCCGUAACCCCGCUCUUCAUCAUAGAUUGGGAGCUCGCUCAGGUCGGGAGUCGGGCACUUGAUCUCGGCCAGAUGAUCGCCGAGCUGUAUCUGCUGAAGCACUUUAAAGACAUCGAUGCUGGACUCUGGGUGAUUGAGGGGUUUGCGGAAGGCUACCAAGAUAUCAGCGAGGAGAUGGCCUUCCGGACACUCAUCCACGUCGGGGUUCACCUCAUCUUUUGGGGGAGCACAGUAGCUGGCUGGGGGACUCCGGAGCAAGUUCGCGAUGUUGUUCGUGUUGGGAGGGAUCUCAUCACGAAGGCAGAUGGGAAAGAUCGCGAGGCAUUCAAGGGAGAGGUUUGGGAGGCGUUGUUUAGGGCUUAGCGGACUAGGUCCAGCGGGGUUUGAAACUCAGCCGAGACAGCAGACACGAUUCAACAGUUUCUCAUUAGAUUAUGUAGAUUCUUAUUGAUGGGGAACGUACCAGAUUUCUACGAGUAAGCGUGGUGUGCCGCAAGCUGAAAAUAUUGAGAAGCUUGUCAAUAGGCUAUAGCCGGGUACACAUCACGGAGCUGAGCUGAGCUGAAUAGGAUGUACAAAUCUUGCGGGCCACGUUUUCUACAAGCUUACACCUUCGUCUACCUCCAAAAGAUUCACUCUACUUUCUUUCCC